AUGGUGCUCUCGCGCCAAUACGAUAGGCUUGCAGUGGAUGGCCAGUGGCCACGGGUGGGUGGGGGAUUUUAUACACAGGACAGCGAGCUGCCGAGCUCCCUCCCUCGCUCGCUCGCCCUGUCGUUUGGCGGGAGGGGAAGGGAGGGCGAGACGAGGGUUUGGUGGAGGUCGAGCUGCCGCGCCGCCUUCUUGGCCGAGGGUUCGGCCGGGGGUGGGGGGAGGACGCUGCGCCGGAAGGCUGCCGGAUCCAAUUGGAGCGCCGCCGCCGCCGCCGCUCCCGUUCCCUUCCGAGCCUCUGUAAGCUUCCUGCAUUCUCCGUUUCCCUUCCAUGCAUCUUGCGCCUUUUGCCUCGUGCUUGCCCCGGCUGAGAUUGGUGGCUCAUGGUUCCUUCUCCGUGUCUCGUGUGACUGUGCUGUUUCCUUGCGCGCCGUCGUCGCCGCUGGUGGGUGGGCGGGGCUGCUUCUGCCGUGGCCUUGCUUAGGUGGACUGCAUGCUGGAUCUUCAGGGACCGGUCAACAGCGCCGCAGCCCCACGCUGAACAUAGAGAAUGCUGCCACUCCACCAUCGCCAUCUCUCCAGUCAAAACUGCAAGUUGAGCAAGUCAAAUAUGAAAUUAUUGAGAAGCCGCCUGCCAUUGUUGUGGAGAACAAAGUAUCAGCUUAUGUUCCUCGGCGUCUGAUCCUCAAAGAAGUCAUGGAACAAUUAAAUCUCAAGGUGCAUGGUACUGGAAUGCUUCCUUUUGGUUUUGACCAGUACAUUGCGUGGACGUCCGUCGAUCUGCCACGGCAUGGUGAGGCUAGGAAAGAUGGCGACACAGUCAUAUACAGUGAUCCCUGCUCUAAUUACUACGAUGCAGAAGAGAAUGUGGCUGAAUCAGUGCUUGAGUACUACCAGAGCAACAGAAAUAUUGAGAUCAAUGACUUCAAUCAGAAUGUGUUAAAAAAGAAGUAGUAUGAACUCGAUGUCAGUAACUUCUUCUGCCAGGCAUUUGAGGAGAAGAUAGAUGAAAUGAGAGCCUAUCCUGGAACCUACAGCAAGAUGAGCACUGAGCAGUUCUACUCUGAGGCUUUUCAGGACAGCAUGAUUGAUCUUAUCAAGGAGCGCACCACAGAAACCAAUCAAUGCAAGGUAGUUCACCGCCGCAUCACAGAUGUUUGUCGCUCAUUUUCUGAUAUCCUCCCAAUCAAAGAAACACAUCUUCCUGAAGACAGCAGUGAUAGUCACAGUACUCAGCUCACUUUCACAGGAGAUAAAGAGAAUCCUUCUCGUGUUGAUCAGCUUGCUCUUCUCCUUAGACAUCCUCCGUGAUGGCCACAUUCAUGCGGCCAAGCAUGGCCGUUCCAUGCAUUAGAUCGCUCCGGACACCAUUAACCACUGUAUAAAACCGCCCAUCAUUGGCGCAGCCUCCAGCUAGCCUGAUGCAUACUUUUGGGUGUUAUAGCUAACACAGACCGCCUCGCCUCACUGCAUCCUUUUGACCACAACAUGGUGCUUUUGUUGUAGAUAUGCUGUGACUCAGCAAGGCCUGCUGCAGCCGAUCUGAAACCCUGCUCAUACAGGGCCAGCUUCUUUUGUGUUCUGCAUUGUGAGCACUUAAUCCUCAGCCCAGGCCAAGCAAGGUAAGCUCAUCAGUUCAGGAGCAGAUCCAUGAUUUCUCCGAUACAAACAGCAACCAGGCUACUAAUCGGCACAUCUCGCUCUGUGUGACGCUACUUAAACUCUUAGCUCAUAGAUUUAUGGCAUGGUUGUUCAUCUGUAUCAAGAGUGAUCAUAUAUGACUCCUGUAGUAACAUCCUAUCUGCUAUGAAUGAAGGCAGUCACGCU